AUUUUAUAAUCAUUAUCGGGAAAUAAAUUUUUCAUUUUAUACGUUUCGUCAGAUGUUUUUGUUCGUUUCUGAUGAGAUACUUCGUAUCUUGUUUAUUUUGUAAAAUCUAUGAACACGACGUCUAAUGACAUUUUUAGUUUCUGGUUGACGAAUGAGAGGCUCUCGUGAUUGUAUACGAGGGAGAAUAUUUUAAAUUAAUCUUUUUAAAUAUAUUGACAUUGUUUUAUAGUGUAAAAUAAUUUCAUUAUUAUUCCAUCAAUAUUCAAAAAGAAUAUAUAUUGUUAUACUUUUGAUAUACUUCGUAGAAUUCAUUGCUAAUAAAAUAACCAAAGGUGAUGGGAGAAAGAGAAUCUAAUGAUUGGCGACCUUUUGUUUAUGGAGGCCUUGCUUCUAUUGUUGCAGAGUUAGGUACUUUUCCUUUGGAUACAACAAAGACACGUUUGCAAGUGCAAGGUCAAAAAUUGGAUAGAAAGCAUGCACAUUUGAAAUAUUCUGGUAUGACUAAUGCUUUAUUCCAAAUAUCCAAAGAAGAAGGAUUUAGAGCAUUAUAUUCUGGGAUUAGUUCGGCUAUUCUUAGGCAGGCUACAUAUGGAACUAUAAAAUUUGGAACUUAUUAUUCUCUUCAAGAAAUAGCUAUAAAGAAAUGGGGAACAGAUGAUGCAGUACUUAUUAAUAUUAUAUGCGCAACAUUAGCUGGUGCAAUAUCAAGUGCAAUAGCCAAUCCUACAGAUGUGAUAAAAGUUCGUAUGCAAGUUACAGGUAUCGAUGCAAAUCUAUCCUUAGUGAGUUGCUUCCAAGACGUGUAUCAACAUGAAGGUGUUCGUGGUUUAUGGAGGGGUGUAGGACCUACUGCUCAAAGAGCUGCUAUCAUUGCAGCAGUAGAAUUACCUAUUUAUGAUUUUAGUAAGGUUAAAUUUAUGGAUUUUCUUGGAGACAGCAUUAGUAACCAUUUUUUAUCUAGUUUUAUUGCCAGUAUGGGAAGCGCUAUUGCUUCUACUCCAAUAGAUGUUGUACGUACACGAUUGAUGAAUCAAAGGAGGAUCUCAACUUCUUGCGGCAAGUUACCCCCUCAUAUUUAUACUGGAAGUAUGGAUUGUUUUAUUCAAACCAUAAAAAAUGAAGGAUUUUUUGCAUUAUAUAAAGGGUUUAUACCAACAUGGUUUAGAAUGGGUCCAUGGAAUAUUAUAUUCUUCAUUACUUAUGAACAAUUAAAACAACUGUAAUCAUUAUUAGCUUAUUUCACAAAACGUCUAAGUAUUGAUCUUAUUAAAAAUUAGGUUUGAAAAUCUAACAGUAUAUUAAAAACUGAAAUAAUUGAAAUAACUAAAAUAAUUUUUUUUUUUUUGUUUUUUUUAAAUAUCAAUUUAUAUUUGUGUCCUUUAUAGUUAAUAGCAAUUAAUGUACAGAUAUUCCUUAAAUGAUGACGCUGUAAAAAGUGUAUAACAUACUUUUUUAAUUAAUGAAAGUCAAUAUAAAAGUUUAAAAACAAUGUUCAUAUAGUUGCACUCGAUCUAUAAUUUACAUUUCAUUUGCAUUUCACGAUAUAGUAAUAAAUAAUACACGAUAUUUCUAAUAUACGUUAUAAACGAU